GAGCAGGCGGGCGGGCUGCAGCGGCUGGCGCUGCGGGGCCACACCGCGGGCGUGACCAAGGUGCUGCUGACGCCGUCCGGUACCGACGCGGUGACGGCUUCCAGCGACGGUACCGCCAGGGUAUGGGACCUGGACAUUGGCGACUGCUGCAUGGGCGUGAUGGCAGGCCACACCGGCUGGGUGCACCUGAUUCGCUUCCUGCCUGACGGCAAGCGUGCCGUGACGGCCUCGCACGACGGCACCGCCAGGGUGUGGGACCUGCACACGGGCAGCUGUCGGCACGAGCUUGCGGGCCACGCAGGGCGCAUCAACAGCCUGGUGGUGUCGGCGGACGGCAAGUGGUGCGCCACAGGCUCAGAGGACUGCACCGCCCGCAUCUGGGACCUGCGGCGCGGCGACUGCCGCCGUGUGCUGACGGGCCACAAGUCCUGGGUCUACGACGUCUGCAUCUCCCCCGCACACGACAAGCUGCUGACCACCUCAGGCGACGGUACCACCAUGGCGUACAGCCUGGAGAGCGGCGACCUGCUGUGCCUGCUGGAAGGCCACUCUGGGGCCGUCACCGGCGCGGUGGUGACCCGCAAGGGGCGCUUUGCGGUGACGGUGUCGGAGGAUGCCAGCGUGCGGGUGUGGGACUUUGCGGCGCGCCUGGUGCAGCCGCCCAGCUACCACGACGGCAAGGUGUACUGCGUGGGCGGGUCCUCGGAGGGGCGAGUGCUGGCCACAUGCGGCGAGGACGCCGACGCGCGGCUCUGGGAUGCCGAGCGCGGCACGUUCAGGGGCCUGCUGCACCACCACAAGGUCCCCAUCCGCUGGCUGGCCUUCUCCGCCGACGGCCGCCAGCUGGUCACCGCCUCGCCCGACCGCAUGGUACUGCUCUGGGACGUGCCCACGCUGCACCUGGCUCGCACUGUGCCAGGU